AGAGAUGCCCAGUUUAGUGAGCCCUGUCCUACUGUCUGUCCAUCAGGUGGAGAAGCGGCUGGAGCUGGUCAAGCAGGUGUCCCACAGCACCCACAAGAAGCUGACCGCCUGUCUGCAGGGCCAACAGGGGGUGGAUGUGGAGAAGAGAUCUGUCAGAUCGCCCUCGGUGAGUCUGCCAGUAUUUUUCCUUUUUCCUUCUUGUAAUGCUGACAUUGAGAUGACAAUAGAGUGUGGUACAUGUUCUCCUGUUCUAUGUCCUGUGUAGAAAAAGCUGCCCCUCACAACACUAGCACAAUGUCUGGUGGAGGGAGCAGCAGUGUUGGGUGACGACUCACUAUUGGGGUGAGUACACACAAACACACACACACACACACACACACAAAUACUCGAACACACAAACAGUAAUCUCCUUAAUUACAGAUUGAUCAUCUGCCACAUCCGUCAUAGGAUUUUUAAAAGUGUGCUGACAUGAAAGCAUGGCAGUGUCACCCAGUGAACCAGGCCUGAUUCAUGAUCAUGGCACAUGAUCAACAGCAGAGCGAUUAUUAUGGUCAUUACAAGUGAAGACUGAGCUCCUGUCAAAUUGAUGACUUUAUUGUAUUGCAUCAGCUAAUUUUAACAGCAUAUAACACUUUUAUCCAUUAUUGUGAAGGCGUGGACUUUGCCAUAGUGAUAGCACAUACAGUAAUAUCACACAGUUUGUAGUGAAAUUAGGUCUGGUCCUGUUUUGUGUUCUAAUUGGCUAUGUGCUAUUUUCUCUGGCCUCUCAUUGGCCGGUUGCAGGAAGAUGCUGAAGCUGUGUGGCGAGACACAGGAGAAGAUGGCUCUGGAGCUCAUCCUGUUUGAGUUCACCAUUGAGAGAGAUGUGGUGGAACCCCUAUACGAAUUGGCAGAGGUACAUAGACCAUAACAACCAUUAUCUGCACCACAGUCAUUAAUUUAUCUCACCUACAAAGCUACACAAGCUGUGAGAACAUGAUUCCUAUGACAAUGCCUGUCUGUCUCUAUCCAAUCUCUCACACUACAGAACAAACCAGAGUAAAGUGUCUUUGUUUUAUGAUGUGAUUUCACUCAGGUGGAAAUCCCCAACAUCCAGAAACAAAGGAAACAUUUAGCAAAACUGGUUUUGGACAUGGACUCGGCACGCACAAGGUAAGAGCUGCUGACUGACAGUGUGUGUGGGUGUCUGUGUCAGUAUGUGAAGAAUCUGUGUGUGUCUUUCAAGGUGUUUUUUUGUGUAUCUGUGUGUGAAAAUGAUUUGUGAUUUGCCUGUGUUUCCAAACAGGGAGAAACUCAAUCCCCUGUGAACUGACCUCUUUACAGCAUUCCACAUGAAUGUCACUGUUUGAUUGCCAAUACUGUACAGUGAAGAUCUAGGCAUGGCCACAUUCUCCACCCCUCAAAUACUCACCUCAACAUACCCCUUCACCUUAAUAUACUCCUCACUUUGGCUUGGCUACUCUAUGGAUCUUCUUUCCUGAUCUGGAUUUCCUUUUACAGUGUCGCUCCACUGCCAUUCCUGUAUUCAGGGCUGUGGCUCAGGGAUAGACAGUGCAACCACAGCCUCUGUCUCUGUGCUGAGUCUGACCUCUACAUAUUACGCACACAUUAGGGGCCAUGACAUUGGGAAAUGUAAUGUAUUUUCCUCACAGAGCUCCUGCAGUUUCUUCUGCUGACACAAAUGUGUGCCAAGUAUGUGUCUAAGAGGUCUGGGGGACGGACAGACAGACAGACAGACAGACAGACAGACAGACAGACAGACAGACAGACAGACAGACAGACAGACAGACAGACAGACAGACAGACAGACAGACAGACAGACAGACAGACAGACAGACAGACAGACAGACAGACUGACAGACUGACAUACUGACAGACUGACAGACUGGGAAGUGAACAAGUGCACACUUAGGGCAUAAGGAUAGAGAAUUGGGAUGCAGCGGAUGUCUAUAUGUUUGCAUAGGAUGUGUAACCCCCCUCUUUUUUCCCUCCACCCCUCAGGUUCCACCAGUCCUCCAAAUCCGGUAUGUCCAGCAACGUGCAGCCAGGGGCCAAGGGCGAGCACCUCAGGGAAGAGAUGGAAGAAGCAGCCAAUCGAAUGGAGAUCUGUCGAGUCAGUCUACAUCUCCUUUUCCUCGCUCUCGUUCUCUUUCUAACGCUCCUCAAGAUGUUUUCUCUGAAAUCGCUGUGUAUUUUCUGAAGUUAUCCUUUUGUAUUUUUCCAGGAUCAAUUAUCAGCAGACAUGUACAAUUUUGUGGCCAAAGAAAUUGACUAUGCAAGCUACUUUCAGACAGUAAGGACUGAACGGUCUCUCUCUAAUAGCAUUCACUCUGUCUUCAUUGAGGUAAUGCAGGGACAUAGAAAAUACACUAAUCUCUCUCCCUCUCUCUCUAUUCCCCCUCUCUCUAUCUCUCUUUCUCUCUCUGUUUCUCUCUCUGUAUCGAACUGUUUCUCUUUCUUUCUUUCUCUCUCUCUCGCUCUCUCUCUUUUUCUCUGUCUCUUUUUCUCUGUCUCUUUUUCUCUGUCUCUUUUUCUCUGUCUCUGUCUCUGUCUCUGUCUCUGUCUCUGUCUCUGUCUCUGUCUCUGUCUCUGUCUCUGUCUCUCUCUCUCUAGUUGAUAGAGGUGCAGGCAGAGUACCACAGGAAGUCGUUAGAGCUCCUCCAGAAUAUUCUGCCUCAGAUCAAAGCCCACCAGGGUGAGUAUGUCUGCCCAGCACCCAGCACCCAGCUCCCAGUGCCCACCCGGCCCUCACUCAUUAUUACACACAUAUUAUGCCAUUUCUGUCCUCCUUCAACCCUGCAGUAGGAGCACUGGUGCACAUCUUCUCUAUAUUCAUCAGGGUUGGGGUCAAUUCCAUUUCAAUUUAGUCCGUUCUGGAGAUUAAUAGAAAUUCCAUUUGUGAAUUUGAAUUUGAAAAGGGCCAUUUCUUUUUUAAUGAAGACGUUUCAAUUCAUGAAUGGAAUUUCAAUUAACUCACAGUCUUUCUGUAGUUUAAAUGGAACUGAACCCAACCCUGAUAUUCACAAUGCACCCAUAUCCAUGGUUGCAGUAUGCUUUUUGUUACCUUUUUAUAUAUAAUUUAUAGUCAAUACUGACUGCUCAGAGGCUAUAGUGUGUAUGAGGCAACCUUAGUAAUAACCUGAUUAACCUGCUGACUGUGUAACCUUGGUGCUGUGUGUGUUGUGGUUGACAGAGACCUGGGUGGAGAAGCCGUGCUAUGGGAAACCCUUAGAGGAGCACCUAACCCUGAGCGGGCGGGAUAUUGCCUUCCCCAUCGAAGCCUGUGUCACCAUGCUGCUGGAGUGUGGCAUGCAGGAAGAGGUCAGUGUGUAUUCCACACUAGUGACAACAUACUGAUUAGCCUAACCUCCUGUGUCCCUGUCCCAUUCCAGGGCCUGUUCAGAGUAGCGCCCUCGGCCUCCAAACUGAAGAAGCUCAAGGCGUCUCUAGACUGUGGGGUGAUGGACAUACAGGAGUACUCUGCAGACCCUCAUGCCAUCGCAGGUGAGUUGGCAACCCAACCUCCCAAAUACCUCACUUCCUUUCACUCUGCAGUAUAUUAUCAUGCCAACUGACAUUGUCAUGGAGAUCGUCCCGAAACCUGCCCCUAGUCUGUUCGGGUUAUCAAAGGCUCCCUGUCAACCGAAAAACUUCAACUUAGGUCUUAUACAUAGCUUUAUUAUGAUCCUGGCUGUGUGAGAAUCUGACUAUAGGAGCGCGUGAAUACACAGACCCUGAGUGAGCCUUGAAAAAGCAUCCUCUCUGAAUCCUUUUCCAUGUUCAUUUCUAAUGAUUCCAUGUUAACCAGGGUGAUACACAGAACCAGCACCAAAAGGAAAGCCCAUUUGCGACCCUCUCCUGCGGGGAGAGUAGUGCCAAUGCGGAUUCAUGUCCCACGUCACCCACUCUAAACACAUCAGAAUCAAGUCAACAGCAUAGCGCUUUCUAACAAAGCUAAUAAAAAAUGUUAAUGUUUUCAUUGUCACAUACAGGUGCAGUGAAAUGUGUUGUUUUACAGGGUCAGCUGUAGUAAAGAUGCUCCCUGGAGGGAUUCAAACUGCUUUGCAUUUAAUGUGUUUAUCUAGUGCAGAUAGACACACACACCGGCAUGCCUACACAAACAUACACUCUACACACAGAAUGGUGGCACAACUGUUGUGGUUUCCUCUGUACCAUCAGAAUGCAAGGGAUAUCUUGUCCACAAGUCCUGGUUCAACCUUCCCAUACAGUACAUCCCCAGGGGAAAUAGUUGCAGUAGAGACAUACAGUACCUUGCAAAAGUAUUCAUCCCCCUUUGUGUUUUUCCUAUUUUUUUGCAUUACAACCUGUCAUUUAAAUUGAUUUUUAUUUGGAUUUAAUGUAAUGGACAUACACAAAAUAGUCCAAAUUGGUGAAGUGAAAUGAAAAAAAUAACUUGUUUAAAAAAAUCCAAAAAAAUUAAUAACGGAAAAGUGGUGCGUGCAUAUGUAUUCACCCCCUUUGCUAUGAAGCCCCUAAAUAAGAUCUGGUGCAACCAAUUACCUCCAGAAGUCACAUAAUGAGUUAAAUAAAGUCCACCUGUGUGCAAUCUAAGUGUCACAUGAUCUGUCACAUGAUCUGAGUAUAUAUACACCUGUUCUGAAAGGCCCUAGAAUCUGCAACACCACUAAGCAAGGGGCACCACCAAGCAAGCGGCACCAUGAAGACCAAGGAGCUCUCCAAACAGGUCAGGGACAAAGUUGUGGAGAAGUAAAGAUCAGGGUUGGGUUAUACAAAAAUAUCAGAAACUUUGAACAUCCCAUGGAGCACCAUUAAAUCCAUGAUUAAAAAAUGGAAAGAAUAUGGCACCACAACAAACCUGCCAAGAGAGGGCCGCCCACCAAAACUCACGGACCAGGCAAAGAGGGCAUUAAUCAGAGCGGCAACAAAGAGACCAAAGAUAACCCUGAAGGAACUACAAAGCUCCACAGAUGAGAUUGGAGUAUCUGUCCAUAGGACCACUUUAAGCCGUACACUCCACAGAGCUGGGCUUUACGGAAGUGUGGCCAGAAAAAAGCCAUUGCUUAAAGAAAAAAAUAAGCAAACAAAAGCCAUGUGGGAGACUCCCCAAACAUAUGGAAGAAGGUACUCUGGUCAGAUGAGACUGAAAUUGAGCUUUUUGGCCAUCAAGGAAAACGCUAUGUCUGGCGCAACACCUCUCAUCACCCCGAGAACACCAUUCCCACAGUGAAGCAUGGUGGUGGCAGCAUCAUGCUGUGGGGAUGUUUUUCAUCGGAAGGGACUGGGAAACUGGUCAGAAUUGAAGGAAUGAUGGAUGGCGCUAAAUACAGGGAAAUUCUUGAGGGAAACCUGUUUCAGUCUCCAAGAGAUUUGAGACUGGGACGGAGGUUCACCUUCCAGCAGUACAAUAACCCUAAGCAUACUGCUAAAGCAACACUCGAGUGGUUUAAGGGGAAACAUUUAAAUGUCUUGGAAUGGCCUAGUCAAAGCCCAGACUGCAAUCCAAUUGAGAAUCUGUGGUAUGACUUAAAGAUUGCUGUACACCAGCGGAACCCAUCCAACUUGAAGGAGCUGGAGCAGUUUUGCCUUGAAGAAUGGGCAAAAAUCCCAGUGGCUAGAUGUGCCAAGCUUAUAGAGACAUACCCCAAGAGACUUGCAGCUGUAAUUGCUGCAAAAGGUGGCUCUACAAAGUAUUGACUUUGGGGGGUGAAUAGUUAUGCACACUAUAGUUUUCAGUUUUUUUGUGUUAUUUGUUGUUUGUUUCACAAUAAAAAAAUAUUUAGCAUCUUCAAAGUGGUAGGCAUGUUGUGUAAUUGAAAUGAUACAAACCCUCAAAAAGAUAUAUUUUAAUUCCAGGUUGUAAGGCAAAAAAAUAGGAAAAAUGCCAAGGGGGGGGGUGAAUAAUUUCACAAGCCACUGUACACAUUCUCUCCCUCCCCCUCCUUUCUCCAUCUUUCUGUGUCUGUGUGUUUUAUGAAGUGUUUCAUCCCUAGGUACUGAUGUCUUUAGGCCUACACCGUAGCCGUUUUACAAUUUCUUACUCUCUUACUUCAAGCUCUCCCUCUCAUUUUCAGCACACACACCACCCUCAUCCUCUCUGUUUAUCCAUCUUUCUUUCACUCACCCUCCUAUUGUCUCAUCCCAACAGGUGCUUUGAAAUCCUACCUACGGGAACUCCCUGAGCCACUGAUGACCUUUGAACUUUACGAUGAAUGGAUCCAAGCUUCUAAGUCAGUAUCAGUUUGUAAUGGUGCCGCCAUUAGUUGAUGUUUAUUCAUUGUGUUUGAUUCAUACUCUAUGCUGCUGAUUCUUUAUUUACUUGAAAGGUAUGAGAUCAUUGGAUGUGGGGUUUCUCUUUCACACUAAGCUGUUAUUUUGUGGUUUGUCUGGCAGCAUUCAAGACCAGGACAAGAGACUCCAAGCCCUCCUCACAGCAUGCGAGAAACUACCCCUGGCCAAUGGCAACAACUUCAAGUGAGUCGCCAUCUCUGUGUUUCGCUCUUUCUCUCUCCCGCACCCAUAGGCCCCAUGUAGCUCAGUUGGUAGAGCAUGGCGCUUGCAACGCCAGGGUUGUGGGUUUGAUUCCCACGGGGGGCCAGUAUGAAAAAAAUAAAAAAUGCAUGCACUAACUGUAAAGUCGCUCUGGAUAAGAGCGUCUGCUAAAUGACUGAAAUGUACAUUUCACUCUCUGGUCUUUCCUGGCACUUGCCUGACCAUUAAAUUAUUUCAGUUUCCAUCACCUUGCACCGUUUCUAUCCUUCGCUGCACUUUUCAUAUCAGCAGUUGCACUGAACUGAUGAAGAGUUCAUCAUAGCUUUCAAGCAGCCAGAACUGGGUGUGCUUUUUGUGUUUUUCUGUGUUGGCUGCUUGAUCAAGGAUAGCAGCAUGGAAUAUUGGUUGCAGGGGCUUGACAUAUGAUCAAAAAGAGUGGGAGUAGGGGGUGUAAGGGUGAAACAGAAAUCAAAAGGCUGACAGACUGCAGUGCUUGUCAGUGUCAUCGUUGAAUCUCACAAAUAGGCUUCUUUUUAGGUUGUCUUCUUGUGCGAACACCUGUCAAACCUGUCCUUAUCAUAGCCCAAUUGAAAUGAGCUGCCUGGGGUUCUGUCUGAACAAUCGGUUCAUCUUAGAUGAGCCCGAAAACCACAAUCUGUAGGAUUCUGAGAUUUGUCAGCCAAUGCAGUAUACAGUACAUGAAUGAUCAUGAUCGAAAAACAUAAAUGUAUUGUUAGUUUAUUGUUUCUUUUUCAGGUAUUUAAUAAAAUUCCUCGCCAAGUUAGAUGACUACCAGGAUGAAAAUAAAAUGACUCCUGGGAAUAUUGCAAUAGUCUUGGGUCCCAACCUGCUGUGGACAACGCAGGAAGGGUAGGACUUCAUCUAUCUCUACCACACUAUUUAGUCACACCAUGGAGACUAUACAUAGAGUACCUUUUUAAAAGCAAUGCCUGUUCAUUGAUAGUGACUUAAAGAGAUAAAACUGUCCAAAUUAAGUAAUACUCAUAUCUCAAGAUUCAAGUGAAUAACUUCCAGUGCUGAACAAUUGCAUUGAAUUCACUGUCUGGCCAUCACUCUUCAUCAAAUUAAACUAACUCCUCCAUAUCUCUUCCACUCCCUCCCUCCAGGAACAUUACAGAGAUGAUGACCACUGUGUCCCUGCAGAUUGUAGGCAUCAUUGAGCCCAUCAUCCAGCACGCUGACUGGUUCUUCCCUGGAGGUGAGAGUGACACAGUGUCUGUUCAGCCUCUGUAAGCCACAACCGCCUCUCUCAUCCAUUAGAAUGUAAUACUUUUGCUUUAAUGUCCCUGUAUCACCCUCUGUAUGCGGGUAAAUGGAAACAGGCACCUGCUCUUACAUACACAGUAUUACAGUCAGUCAACUUAAGGGACCUUAGGAGACCUAUUCACAAUUUUAAGAAUCAGAUCUUAUAACGGGAUACAUGUUUAUUGUCACAAAAGUAAUCACCUCACCUAUCUCUUUCCCCUCUCUCAGAGAUUGAGUUUAAUGUCACAGGAAACUAUGGCAGCCCAGUCCACACCAACCACAAUGCCAACUACAGCUCCAUGCCCUCUCCGGAUAUGGACCAUUCCGAUCGCAAGCACAAUGACCAGAGCCGACGUCCACUCAGUGUGGCCACUGACAACAUGAUGCUGGAGUUCUAUAAGAAGGAUGGGUAAGAAGAUCCAACUCUUGUUGUACCUGUUUUACCCUGCCCUUUCCUUCUCCAUCUCUCUUAAAUCCUCUCUCUCUCUGAAGUCAACUACCUAACCAGUCUUCCCCCACUGUCCUUGCUGAACACUCUUAACUGGAACAUGAACCAUUGGACAACAAGUAUUACUAUUGAUAUUGGUUAUUGCAGAAGAGUUCAGAAUUAAGGAUAGUUGUGUUAACAUAUUAAGGGUGACAAUGAGCCUUUUGAGGUAUGGAUGAGCAGAUGAAAGCUAAUGGCUUGAUCGACUAGCGAGAGAUUUGAGUGUUUUGUGAAAGCUGUAUGCCUUAGAUAUAGCACAAUGUCACCUUUCUAUGUCAAUAGUUUUUGUUUAUAUAAUAAUAUAAGCCUGUACACUCGGUGAAAAGGAGAGCUUAGUAAAGAGUUCAGUCUGGGUAUGAGGGGGUGGAGAGAAUAUCACUAAAUUCUUCUUCAUCUUGGGUGAGAGCGAGAGAGAGAAAUGCACUAAGACAGACAGACAGCCAGACAGAACAGGAAGCUCAGAGAAAUAUGUUGGUCUAUGGUGGUGAGUGGUGCAGUAAGCAGUCUUGUGCUGUACGGAGGAUUAGUUUCAAGUCAAUCAUGUUUUCUCUCUCUCUUUUCAAAUGACUUCUCUGUCUUGUCCCUGUUCAGCAGACCAUCUGAGCCCCUCAGCUCUGGGACCACAUAAACCCAGCUAAUUAAACUUGUCCAGGACUGUGUAGGGACCAAUCAAUAAAUAGAGCUCUGCUCUCAUUAGAACCCCCCCCCCCCCCCCCCCCCCCCCCCCUCCAGACAGAGCAGGAGGAUCAGGUCAAGGAGCAUUUGGCUCCUUAGUACAAACUGAGACCAAUAAGGAAGUAGCAUUCCCAAAUUUAAUUCCAUACCUCUGUGAUGGUUUUAUUAAUUCUGGGCCUUUCUCCAAAGCACUAUGGGCGAUGCCUUGUCCUUGACUGUUUCUUUGCUUGGUGUGUGAGAUUGUCAUUGAGUCCAAAAUAUCUGAAUAUUACGUAUCCUUUAACCAUCCAUAGUUGUACAUAGCUUUUUUUUAUAGUAAACAAGCACAUUGACCACUGCUGCAAGUGACUUCCUGUAUGUUGGUGUUAUUUUGGGGCAUUUUUUACAUCCAUGGGGAAAUGUUGACCUAAUUAGUUAAUUGGCUCACUGGUAGGACAUGCUUGGAGCUCUUUUGGGAAGGAACAUAUUCACCCCUCAAAUACCUCACCUCAUUACUCUCAGCAUGACUUCCAUCCCACAUGACCCCCUGCAAUCCAAGCCUGAAGGCUCGACCUGCUGCUCCUCCAUCUUGGAUCCAACCCCUGACCCGACUGCUUCCCGAGUUGCUUUGAUAAACAUGUAGUGAUGCUUUGAAUCAAUUAACAGAGGUUCUCAUGAUCCUUACCCUUUAUUGUGAUGUUUUUGUCCUACCAAGCAGCGUUAGGAAAAUUCAAAGGUACUGUACUUACUCUUUCUCCUGCCUGUUUCUCUGUUCUUCUCUCUGUUUACCCUUGUCUGAACUGCCUGUGGAAAGAAAGCCUCUCUCUGUCAUAAUUUGUCUGUCAGUAUUCCAGUCACGAUUAUUCUCUCGUCCAAAUGACACACUUGUAAUCCUAUAGUUCAACGUUCCCUACAGAGUGCUGCUGACAGACAGAGUGCUGCCAACUAACUGUUGUCAAGCUCCUGUGUGAACAAUGUUCUCGCACUGUGUGGUUUGUUUACUUAAAAUGCAUCUUUGCAAUGUCUGGCAUUAGAUGUACUCGUCUGAUUGCUUUGACUAGUACAAAUGGCAAUAACAGGUGCAAACAGUUGUUUGUCACACAGAGACCAACCACACAUACACCCACACUGUGACAUAUUAUUACAAAUGUUUCCUUUCCCUAGUGUUUCUACGCAUAUUGUUCAGUAAAGAGUGUGCUGACGAUUGUGAGCACUACAGGAUGAGGCUCCCUGGAGUUGGCUGACCUUGAUUAACUGUUUGUCUCUGUCCCACUGCAGCAUGGGGGUCAGGGUGAUGGACACUUCUUGGGUGUCGCGCAGGGGCUCGUCGUCAGCGCGUAAAACCUCCUCCACGCCCCCGAGUGUGCAGCCCCCCCUCCCGCCCUCAGACGCUCUCAUACCUGAGCAGGGGGAGCUCUCUGCGUCCCCCUCACCAACGCCUCCUCCUGCUAGCAGCGACCGUGCCAGGUAAGGCUGUUGUGCCCCCCACUCCAAUUUACCCCAAUCCUCGCACCCUGAAACGGACAUCGACACAGCAUUGUUGUCUACUUUUUCUGUAUAUGUCUUCUAAUUCUCUUUCCCACGCAUCGUCUUCACCUUUCUGUGAACCGAAGCCCAGUUUCAUCUCAAACUUGGUUUGACCAUGUGUGAUAUUGUUUUCAUUGUGUUUGAUCUUCAGAGUUUCUAGAGCCCUUUCAAGUACAUUUUGUGCUUGGUUAGUUUCAUAUACAGGUUGUACCAGAGGGUUGUUUUUUGGAAGAGGGACAUAAAGUAUGUUUUUUAUUUGUUUUCAGACAGCACUUUUUUAUCCAUUACCCAUACAAUUUUAACAAUGUGAGCUAAGAAAAUGCUAAUCUCAUCGCAGAGGUACCUUGCCAAUGCAGCAUGUACAUGUUUUUCCUUUCUAUCUAUCAGAACAGGUUUCAUUAACACUGCUCAUGGACUAAAGCAGCCUAAUGUUACUCCUUAUAGUCCAAGGACAUUACACGAAUUGUCUCUGGAAGCCAAAACAGCCAAAUACUCCAUCUAAACUUGAAUCGAUUCUCAAUUGCGGAAUGGUUCUAGAAACAUAAAGCCCUCUACUUUCAUAUCACAUCAAAAAUAAUUUCACAAAUGCAAAAUACAUACUUACUGUUUUAACUGGUUUUAACACAGUUGCAGCUGACAGUAUUUUUCAGUGACAAAACGUUUGUGGCAUCAGUCUUCAGUUUACACACGGGUGUUCAGAGACGCAGAUAGCUAAUUAGCACACCCUCUGUCUUCCGUCUGUUUUCCGUAAACAAGCGCUGUCACAUGGAAAUAUGGCUGUGUGGGAACCCUAACCCUAUAAAGGUGUAUAGUCAUUUAACCUUUUGUUUUUUGAAAAAUAUUUCUUGCUGAUAUGAAAGAUACAUUCCUUAUGUUUCCAAAACCGUACCUCAAGCAAUGCGUCUCAACGUUUAGAGCAAGCGUUGGGGGCUCUUAACAAAAGUUCCCCGGUCAGGGCCUCCCGAGUAGCGCAGCGGUCUAAGGCAGCGAUGGGACAAGACUGUAACUACCAAUUGGGGAGAAAAAGGGGUAAAAGUACCCCCCCCAAAAAUAUAAUAAUAAUUCCCGGUCAGAAGAUACUAUCGUCAAUAGGCGCUAAAGCAGUUAGCGUCUAUGAAUGGGGUAUGCUCAUGUAAGAUGGCAAAUGGCUUUUUUUUUCUUGCAUUUGUCAAGCAUUUUUAGGGUUUUCAUAGCUUGAGUUAUGAGUGUGCUGAAUGAAUAUACUGAAUUCAUGUUUUUCCUUUGUUCUUUUAUUUUAUAUUUUUAUAUUUCCUUAGACCUCUCUCCUCACCCUCUUAACACGACUCUGUUCAACUUUGGUUGACUAAUUCCUUCCCUGAUACAAAAACCUGCACUUGUUCUCCUUCACACUUAACUGCACUGGUUAUUGAGUGUUCACAAACAUGCCAGAAUGACCCACUGGACUUGCUCACAUAUUCUUUUUGAUACAAUGCUUUUCGUUCCACAACAAGAACAUGCCAAUAUUGGCCUCUUCCUGACUCAGAACAGUCCAAUUCCCUGUGAAAUCAUUGACAUUUUUAUCAUUGCAGCUCCGAUGAUGCGUCAUCCACUUGGUCGGACUCCUGUUAUGCCUACCCCUCCCCGGAGGAGGAGAGGCCCCCUCCCCCUUACCCCUCUUCCUCCUCCUCUUCCUCCUCUUGCUACCCACCUCCUCACCAUUUCUACCCCCGAGCACCGCAGUGUGCGCGCCCUGUCGCCCCCGGUCCUGAGUCCGUGCCCCCUGGGCCGUCCCCGCCACCUCCCCCCCACUGGUCUGACUACCGCCCUCACCCACUGCCCCCCUCCUCGUGCCCCUCCCCCCAGCAGCUUGAUAUCAACUCUAACCCCAAGCCCAGCUCCCUGCACCUGCCCAAACAGAGUUCCCUGGCCGAAGCUCUGCAUGCGCCCCCACCGUCAGAAACUAACGUCUCCCCCCUCUACAUCAAAACCCCCCUCGUGCUAACCCGACACGACCCGUCCCUCGUUCCCCACCCCCCUAACUUUCCCCUGUCCACACCUCUUCCGUGGGCCGCCUGUGCCUGUAGCCAAGAGAGAGGAGCCAAGCUGACUGGGUAAAUACUAUGUCACAUCGUCCGGCCACUCCUAGAGCUUGGACACAAACUCAGUCUUCGUAACACACACAGGCCUGAGUGGCUCAUAAUGACAAGAUGAGAGAGGGAUAUUGGGAUACAAAUGGGAGAGUGAGAGAGAGGGCGCUGCCUCCAAUGUGCCAACAUCUUGUUUUAUUAAUUUUGUUCAUUUUCUCACUCUGUUCUAUUGGAGCGUUUUAGUACCAAACUCUCCUUAUUUUAUAGGAGGAUGUUGCCAAGCAACAAACAAUAUUAAAAUCUCUCAGCGAUAGCAGAAUAUAGUGGGCGUUAAUGAGUCAUUUUAGUGGGCCCAGUUGGCCUUGGAUGGUAGUUGGCUAGUUCUGUUUUUGAAUAUGAAUUGGAUUUAGAGUGACUAAGUGAAAAAUAUGGAUGGGCUGGGCAUGAUUCCUAACCAAUCAUUGGCCUUCAUCGGAAUGGGGUCUUUUACGUCAACAGCCGUAAGGAAUGCCUCAUUGCUUAGCUCCACUCUAACUCUAAAUCCCUCCAGUCCCGAUCACCCAUCCUCACCUGCUGUCAAUGGGCGGGGGAAUUUGGAGCUGGGAGAGCUGUCACUCACAUCCUAUUAUAAACUGGUUAGGUUUAGUCCUUCAAGCGCUCAACCCAUUGGCAUUCUGGCUGCAUAGUGCCAUAAAAGGCAAGAAAAAAAUCCAUUAAGCCUACAGGCUUGGUCUUGGAUUUUUUGGGGCUUACGCUCCACUGCAAUAUAGCUGGUAGUGCAUAUACUUGCAGUAUUGAAAGUGGUCACUCAGAUUAUCUGACAUUGAACUAUGGGGAUUUUCAUUCCUAUGGAUGUCAUGACAUGUGCCGGAAUAAGGUGAAUGUUUUGAACCUGAUUGGCAAUUGUUAGCUACAUGGCGCGGAUUGAGGCCAUCUACCUUCCUACUGACAGGCAGUGAACACGCACACACACAGUCACACACACACACAUGCACACACACACACACACACACACACACACAUGCACACACACGACCUGAAGAAGAUGCUAUGAAGAUUACAUAUUGUUGUUAAUAUAUCCUUUUCUCUUCCCAGUACUCUGAUGAACAAAGAGCUGUCUCCAGUGAUUGUACAGAAGGGCUUCCAGGGAACAGCACCCUCUGGUGGGCCAUCACAGAACUCUUCUGAACAUAGCCCUCACACCCUGAGAAGAGGUACUGAUGGAAGAAGGUUGUGUGUGUGUGUGUGCGUGCAUAUGCAUGGGAGAGAGACUGUGCUGUGCACAAAGCAGCCAGAUUGUUUUGUUUUGGCUUGUCACCUCUCAAUUACAAUCUGUGUUGCUUUUCUCUCACACUUGGCAUUCUGUCUGGUCUCUCCACAGCUAAGAAGCUGGCCCCCAUCCCACCUAAGCACUACUCUCAGUCUGGGGGGAUGUCUGACCAGUCCACAGGUCAGCCCUCUCCAGUUAGCCUGUCCCCCACCUCUCCUAGUACCCCCUCCCCGUAUGGCUUUGGCUACCCCCAGGGCUACGCCACCAUCGGCUCCCCGGGACAGGCCCAGACCGCCACCCUCUCCUCCCCUCCCUCGCUAGCCGGCACCCUCACCAAGGCCAGGCCCACUCCCAAGCCUCCCAGGCAGAGGCCCAGCCUGCCCCCGCCGCAGCCCCCCAGCACCCCUGGCUCCAGCCCCCAACCCCUGGAGCACAGUGGCCUGCUGGAUGGAUUGUCUCCUGGGGAGAGCAUGUCCACAGGUAAAUGCUUCAAUGGAGUUUCUACACACUAGGAGCCCCGCUUAUACACUCUCAUCUCUGGUAAAGCUGGAGGGUCUCAUUCUCCAGUGUGCCUGACAGCAUUUUAAUCAUAUAAUUAAUUUAAUAGGAUCUCUGUGGUUUUAAUGUGGUUUCUGCAAAUGGAACUCUUUUCUGUCAUUUUUUAAAUGACUGAUACUUUAAAGCCUUUCACCUGUGUAAAACUGCGGGGAACAGGUUAAAAGAUUCUAAUCAAUAUCUCUUAUCUUGUUCUUCCAUAUUUGUCAUUCUUUUGUCAACUACUAUUAUCGUCUGCCUACAGCGGUAUGAGGCGAGUGGUUCAAUAUGGGCUAAAUGUGAGAGGGCCUUUUUAGGGUAAGCAGGAGUUCCAGUACUGUACCAAAGCCUCACCCUCCCACCCCUCCAACCAACCAACCGUCCGCCAUCCUGGCUCACUGUGGAGCUGCAUGGCUCCAGCCCUCUGUAUAUAUAGCUGUAUACAUGAUGUCUCAUAUGUAUAUAUCUAUAUAUCUCUGCACUGUUCAGUCCACCACUAACCAAUUUUGUUGGCCUAUGCAUGGUGGCUGAGACUGGCGCGAUGCAUGGCUUGUGGAUGUGUCUGAAAUACCGUCCACUGACACUACUUCACACAGAAGAUUGACGUCAUUUUGCUAUCCCAAGAAGCUUUCUUUACUGUUUUUCCCCCGAAACCAUGCCACAUCCCACCGCUGCCCCCUUGCUUACACACUGCACAGUCACCCCCCCCCCACCCCCUCAAUCUUGUGCCACACCUCACCCCACUGCUGUUCUUGAAUAAGUCCACUUCCUGUUGUCCACUCACUGGUUGUUGUCCAUUUCAUUGUUACACAAUGGAUGUCAUCAUUCUCACAUGACUGUGAGAUCAAAGACAAAGUAAUGACGUGUAAAUGUUUGUGGUGACUGCGCUGGACACUGUUGGGGAUUUGUUAUUAUCCACACCUUGAACAAGUGUUCUUUCUUCACAUGCAAUUUGCAGUAUUACAAACCUACCCCAACCACAAUGUCUGCUGAAAAUGUUGGAGUUACAUUACAUACUGACCUGCCUCUAAUCUGUCAGUAAAUUCUCUAGAAACACUGAUCAUCUCUAAGGAUGUGUGUUUGCGCGUGUGUGUUUGUGCGUGUGCGUGUGUAAAACAAUAGCCUGGGCAUAUGAUGACCUCCCUGCUGUGUGUAAUGCAUCAUUCAGCAUUGACUUAAUCAUGUCUGGAACAUACCUUUUUAAGCAACCACUAACAGUUAUUUUCUCUGUCUCUUAUUUUCUUGUCUCUUCUCAUGUUGAUCUUUGACCACUCAGAGUCUUUCUGCAACCUGGAUAUCCCCAUCAUCAACGUGGAACUGGAUGGCAUCUUCGAUGAGCCUAAGAUGGUCCCCUACAGGAACUCAGUGGCGGUGGUCCAACCGACCCCCAAGAUGGAGUCAGAGGAAGAGUCUGAGAGCACGAUACUA